ACAGGUGUCGUGUCAAAUUAAAGUCAAACACUGCAUGUAUGUAUUCAGUGGGUCAUAUGUCUCUGGUCAUAUGUUAAAAUUAAAUUAUCAAAGUAAUAUUGCUUACAAAUAUUUUUUUUCAAUACCUAACUUUUCAAUAAUAUUUGUAUACCUUCAGUAAGAGUAGGUAAUUUGCUAUUUAUUCGAGUUAUAUUUUAUAUAGCUAGAAGCUUGUUUAUUAUUGUUUCUCUUGAAAGUAUGUUCUUGAGGAAUUGGUCUACUUAGAUUUUCACCUGCAAUGUCAGAAAACAAAGUUAUCUUAGUUACUGGUGGUACAGGACUUGUCGGUAAGGCUAUUCAACAAGUCGUUGAAGCAGAAAAGAGACCAGAUGAAAAGUGGAUAUUUUUGAGUAGCAAGGAUGGAGAUUUAUGUGACUACAAUGAAACCAAGCAGAUAUUUGAAAAGCAUCACCCAACCCAUGUGAUUCAUUUAGCCGCAAUGGUCGGAGGCCUAUUUCACAACAUGUCUCAUAACCUAGAUUUUUUAAGAAAAAAUAUGCAUAUGAAUGACAAUAUUUUGCACAUUAGUUUUGAAACUGGUGUUGCGAAGGUUGUUUCAUGCCUUUCUACGUGUAUAUUUCCCGAUAAAACGGAUUAUCCCAUCAAUGAAACAAUGGUUCAUAAUGGUCCACCACAUCCCUCAAAUUUUGGUUACAGUUAUGCUAAAAGAUUGAUUGAUAUACAAAAUAAGGCAUAUCAUCAGCAACAUGGAUGUAUGUUCACUUCAGUUAUUCCUUGUAAUGUUUUUGGACCCCAUGAUAAUUAUAAUUUAGAAUCUAGUCAUGUUAUACCGGGGCUCAUAAGAAAGUUGCAUGAUAUUAUGAAGACAGGAGGAGAAACCUUCACAGUAAUGGGAACUGGAAAACCCUUGAGGCAAUUCAUUUAUUCUUUGGACUUAGCAAAACUGUUUCUAUGGGUUUUGAGAGAAUAUCAAGAAACUGAACCAAUUAUUUUAUCAGUUGAUGAAAAAUCUGAAGUUUCUAUCAAGGAACUGGCAGAAGAAAUAGGAAAAGCAUAUGGAUUUCAAGGAAAAAUUGAAUUUGAUACUACCAAGGCUGAUGGACAAUAUAAAAAGACUGCCAGUAAUGCAAAAUUGAGAAAAUUUCUACCAGAUUUUGAAUUUACUCCAUUCUCUGUAGCUAUAAAAGAAAGUGUAGACUGGUAUAAGGCAAAUCAUGAAAUUGCUAGAAAUUAAUAAAAUGUCAAUAUGAUCAAGUA